AUGGUUUGGCAAGUCGUUCACCCAGCGCUCCGCGCCGAAAGCCGCCAUUUUGAUCUGCCGUCUGUCGCGGGGGGGGGAAACACACCAUGGCAACACGAGUGUUUUUACGACAGUCAUUUAACGUAUUACGGUGGCCGGUGUCGUACAUUUUGCAGAAUCACCAUGGCGUUGAAAGAGACUGCGGGGCUCUACGAAACACUCAAAGGAGAGUGGAACAAGAAGAACCCAAACCUGAGUAAAUGCGGAGAACUUCUGAGCAAACUGAAGGUUUCAUUACUGGGGCUGAACUUUUUACCGACCAGUGGGUCUGUACUCACCAAACAGCAGCUCAUUUUAGCCCGAGAUGUCCUUGAAAUUGGAGCCUUGUGGAGCAUCCUGAAGAAGGACAUCCCGUCUUUUGAGAGAUACAUGGCCCAGCUGAAAUGUUACUACUUUGAUUACAAAGAGGAGCUGCCUGAAGCUGCCUACAUGCACCAGUUGCUUGGACUGAACCUGCUCUUCCUGCUCUCGCAGAACCGCGUGUCCGAGUUCCACACAGAACUUGAGAGACUGAGUGCGCGAGAUAUUCAGACCAACAUCUACAUCAAACACCCAGUCUCCUUAGAGCAGUACUUGAUGGAGGGAAACUACAACAAGGUUUUUCUUGCCAAAGGCAACAUUCCUGCUGAGAGCUACACAUUUUUUAUAGAUAUUCUGCUUGAUACAAUUCGUGAUGAGAUCGCCGGUUGCAUAGAGAAAGCAUAUGAGCAGAUCCAGUUCGGUGAAGCCACACGUGUGCUUUUCUUCAGUUCCCCCAAAAAGAUGACAGAGUAUGCCAAGAAGAGGGGAUGGAGUCUGAGCCCAGAUGGCUAUUACUCGUUUACCAGUCAGCAGCAACGGACAGAAGAGGUGACCAUUCCCUCAACUGAGCUGGCACAACAGGUCAUCGAAUAUGCACGACAGCUGGAAAUGAUUGUGUAAUCCGCCCCCAGGAACACAGUCCACCGUGUACAGACACACUCAGACGCACACGACGCUGAUCCAGUAUACAUCCAGUCGGCUCAAAUGCAGUAUCCCUCUGGGUUAUGACUUCAUUUAUUGCCAGUGUGGUUGAUUUGUUGUCCAAACCAAUUGGCAUUUUUUUUCCUGUAUUCCUGUAUUCCUAUCUGCAGAUCUUCUGCCGAGCAGUUUGCUGUCGUUUUGAAACAUGGGGGAACAAAACUAAAAGUACCAAAUCUGGUCCUGUUCAGCAGCAUAUCUACUUUUAUUUAAAGACAUUCAAGGGUUUAAAUAUUACAUCUAAUUACUUUGGUCAAUAUGCCACAUGUCCAACAUUAAAAUUGAUGUUGUCAUGGGUCAUUCCCAGCUAGUGACCAAAAAACAACUUCAAGUCAAGCUACAUUUAAAGAACGUUCAUUACAACCACCGCCCUGUGACUUUGCCUUUCAGUGUCACACAAAACAACCAUCACAACUCAGCAUAUUUUUCUCGUUUAAACAAAGUUCAAUUUCUCAUUAGUUGAGCUCCCAGAAAUGUAUUACCCUUGCCUUGUAUCCUAGCAACUGAAAGAAUUGCCACUGAAGUUUGUGUUUUCUAAAUGGUGAUGCCUCCUCCCAGAUGGUUUGUAAUCCAGUUGAUCUUACAAUGGAAGUCUUUGUCUGCAAUAAAUGAUUUCGAGAGUAAA